CUGCAUUUUCCAUUGGGAAAUUAGAAGGGCGUACAAGUGAAAAUAAUCCAGAAAAAGUAGGCAGAAAGUAGAAAAGACUGGGAUUAUUGGGAUAGCCCUGUCGAAAUCUGAAUCGAAAAGCAAGCUAUUUCGAUUCAGCUGUGAAGAUCAUAAAGUAGAAAAGAAAAAUGGAGAAAUUAGUAUUGAUGAGAUCGUUGUGCCGCUCGAUUUGCCGAAGAUCUCAAGCUUUAACCCCCACCUCCGCCGUCGUCGCCGCUGCUACGUCCGUCGUAAACCACGAUAUCCGCCGCCUGCAUUUCUCUUCUCCCGCGCUUCCCACCUCCUUUCAUGAUCAUCUACCCUAUGGUUACUCGAAUCCUUUAGCAAUGCGCAUUGGGGGUACACGGUCAUUCAGCGAAGAUGUUGCACAUAUGCCUGUCAUAAAAGACCCUGAGAUUGAGCGGGCAUUCAAGGACUUAAUGGCCACAAACUGGGAUGAACUCCCACCUGCUGUUGUCCAUGGUGUAAAAAAGGCUUUGUCUAAGAAUACUGAUGACAAGGCUGCUCAAGAAGCCCUGACCAAUGUUUUCCGAGCAGCAGAGGCAGUUGAAGAGUUUACAGGUAUUCUCAUGUCACUGAAGAUGGAAAUGGAUGAUGCCAUUGGGAUGAGUGGCGAGGAUGUGAAACCCAUGCCAGAAGAAUAUGUAAAGGCAAUGCGUACAAUCUUUGAUAGAUAUGCUGCUUAUUUGGACGCAUUUGGGCCAGAGGAGAGCUAUUUGAAGAAGAAAGUGGAGAAUGAGUUGGGAACAAAGAUGAUAUACUUGAAAAUGAGGUGCAGCGGCCUCGAUUCUGAGUGGGGAAAGGUUUCUGUCCUUGGGACUUCUGGAAUCUCUGGUUCUUACGUUGAGCAGAGAGCAUAGAUUUGGCUAGACGGCUAAAUAAAUCUAUUCAUUUUUUCAUGUUUUUGACUUGCGCAAGAAUUUCAGAACCAUUGAAGUUUCCAACAAGUUUACUUUUGCUGCAAGUUUGGUUCUCGUGCUCCUCUUCUGCUAGCAUGUACGCUGAAACUCUGUUCAAGUAGGUAUAAUAAUAAGGAUUUCGGCAAACUUAAGAAGCUAAAAUCCCUGAUGCUGUAAUCUUUCUUCUGAAUUUUCUAUAACUUGGGUUUCAGGCUUGUUAUAUGGUUUCAUGCCGUAAUAAUGGUUUGUUGAUUCGAUUGGCAAAGCAUGUUAUCAUUCUCAUUAAAUGUGUUUUCUGAAUUUUGAAUUAA